AUGACACCGGGCUUCCAGGCCCCUCUCUUCCUCUUGCUCCUGGUAUCCCAACAGCUUACAGACUCCCGUGGCACCUCAUCCCCGACCGGCGGCCCCGCCAGCCACAGCACCUGGACUAUUGCUGGUAGCACUCACCAUAGCGUAGAACCUCCCACCUCCUCCAAUCAUAGCACUUCUCCCCUGUUGUCUUCUAGGAUCUCCUUCUUCUUCCUGUCCUUUUCCAUUUUGAAUCUCCAGUUUAACUCUUCUCUGGAAGAUCCCAGCACCAAAUACUACCAGGAGCUGCUGAGAAACAUUUCUGAGUUGUUUUUGCAGAUUUAUAAACAGAAAACUUUUCUGGGUGUCUCUAACAUCAAGUUCAGAGCAGGAUCUGUGCUGGUGGAAUCAAUUCUGGCCUUCCGCGAGGGUGUCACCGAUGCCUGCGCCGUGAAGGCACGGUUUGAAGAGCACAGAAAGGAGCUAGCCAAAUAUAACCUGUCCGUCUCAGGUGUUAGUGCGCAAGAUGUGUCAUUCCUUUCCGCCAGCCAGUCCAGCUCUGGGGUACCUGGCUGGGGCAUCGCCCUGCUGGUUCUGGUCUGUGUCCUGGUUGCACUCUCCAUCCUCUACGUCAUUGCCCUGGCUGUGUGUCGGUGCCAUCGGAAGAACUGUAGGCAGCUGGACCUCUUUCCAACCCGCGACGCCUACCACCCUAUGAGCGAGUACCCCACCUACCAUACCCAUGGGCGCUAUGUGCCACCAGGCAGCACACGCAGCCCCUAUGAGGAGGUCUCUGCAGGCAACGGGGGCAGUGGGUUCUCUUAUGUGAACCCGAACCCAUCAGCCACUUCCGCCAACUUGUAG